AUGUUAAACUCUGAACAACAUCAACCUUCAUCUCCUUCGUUGCUUCCUUCAAAGCGAUUGAAUUUGAAUGAUAAUUCUUUUUCUCUUCUGAACACAAGUACUCUCCAUUCUUUGGAUGAAUACAUUCCGAUUGAUGAAAUGAAACCUCAUCAUGAUAUUUUGCAAAUGUUUCGGGAUGCCAAGCAAAAUAAUACUUAUUUGAGAGUACAAGCUCCGAUGGUUCGGUAUUCAAAAUUAGCUUUUCGAUUGUUGUGUUUGGAAUAUAAUUGUGAUGUUGUGUACACUCCAAUGAUUAUGGCUGAUAGUUUCAGUAAAUCACAAAAGGCUAGAGACUCUGAUUUUUCAACACACGUUCAUGAUAAACCUCUCGUUGUACAGUUUGCAGCCAAUAAUCCAACAGAUUUUAGUUUGGCUUGUCAAUUUGCUGCUCCUUUUUGCGAUGGAUUUGACAUCAACUGUGGCUGUCCCCAACCCUACGUCAUGAAAGAAAAUUUAGGAGCUGCUUUAGUGACCCAACCUCAAAAGAUUUUUGACAUGGUCCACGAAGCUAAUAACAAAUUUAUUUCUGGACAUUCUCGACCGAUUGGUGUGAAAAUUAGAAUUCACCCAGAUGACGACUCCUUGGAAUUUAAAAAAACCAUCGAUUUAGCAAGACAAAUUGAAAAAGCUGGAGCUAGUUGGGUCACUGUUCACGGACGAACUCACAAACAGAGAACAAAAAACACUAAGGUCAAUCCUGAUGGACCCAAGAUUGUGAAACAAGCAUUACAGAUUCCUGUCAUGCAUAAUGGAGAUGUUUUUACAUUGAAAGAUGCAAAUUAUUUAGCUUCUUAUACAGGAUGCGAUGGAAUCAUGAGCGCCCGAGGACUUUUAAGCAAUCCUGCACUAUUUUCUGGUUUCAAUCAAGUUCCUUUUGAAUGCAUUGAAAGAUACCUUCAAAUUUCGAUUCAAAUUGGAGGUAUUCCUUUCCAAUUGCUUCACCAUCAUGUCAUGUUUAUGCUGUAUUCGCAUCACCAAUUCCUUUCCAAUGAAGUCAUUGAAUUUAGUAAGUGUGGCAGCAUAGCCGCAAUUUUGGACUUCUUUGAAAAUAGAGGUCUUCGAAUUUCACUAUAA